AUGAGCUCAAUAGAAGAGAUUGACACUGAUGAAACAUUCACAUCAGAUUAUGUGAGUGCUAGAAAAGAUGAAGUUGAUGAUAUUAUAACAGCAACUACAAUUGCACAAAAAAAAAUGGAGAAUUCAAUUUUGGAAAAAUUAAAUUCAACUGAAAAUGGUAAUAUAAUUGAAAAAAAAAAGAUAUUAAAUUUUUUAAUGAAUGGUAUUGAAAAAAUACCAAUGUCACAUCAAGGUUUAGAUUCAAGUAAAGUUUGGAUAUCAUUUUGGAUAUUGAAUGGUAUGGAUAUGUUGGAUAGUUUAGAUAGUUAUCCAAAUAUAUCAAGUAGGGCAAGUAAAUAUUUAUCAAUAUUACAAAAUGAUGAUAAUAAUGGUAAUAAUAAUAAUAGGGAGAAUAAUCAAAAUGGUGGUGGAUUUGGUGGUGGUAAUUCACAUACAAGUCAUGUGGUCAGUACAUUUGCAGCGGUUUCAGCACUUUAUGUAAUUGGUACAGAGGAAUCUUAUAAAACUAUUGACCGUGAAGCAAUGUAUAAAUUUUUAAUGAGGAUGAAAACAAAAGAGGGUGCAUUCACAAGUGAGGAUGGUGGUGAGUAUGAUUCUAGAACAACCUACUGUGCAAUUGCAGUUGCCUCAAUGUUAAAUAUUUUAACAGCAGAGCUUGAAAGAGGUGUUGUCGAUUUCUUAUUAUCUUGUCAAACUUAUGAGGGUGGUUUUGGUGCUUAUCCAUUCAACGAAGCUCAUGGCGGUUAUACAUUUUGUUCAGUUGCUGCAUUAUCAAUUUUAAAUAGUUUACAUAAAAUCGAUAUGAAUUCUUUACAUAGAUGGAUUACAUAUAGACAAUCAAAUGAUGGUGGAUUUGAGGGUAGAACUAAUAAAUUAGUUGAUACUUGUUAUUCAUAUUGGCAAGGUGCUGUUUAUAUUAUAAUUCAAUCUUAUUUUAAUUAUUAUAAAAAACAACAACAAGAUGAUGGUGAUGGUAAGGAAGGUGAUCAACAAGAAGAGGGUUUAUUAUUUAAUCAAGCUAAAUUACAAGAAUAUGUAAUUAGAUUUUGCCAACAAAGUGAUAAGAAGUAUAGUGGUUUUUCUGAUCACCCUCAUAGAGGCAAAGAUUAUUAUCAUACUUGUUAUGGUUUAUCAGGUAUCUCUUUAUCACAAUAUAAUGAAAUUGGAAAAGCUAUUCAAUCACUUAAUACCUUUACAAAUACUUUUGAACAGCCAUCACCACCAAUAAAUAAAAAAUCUACAAAUGUUUUUACAAUUUCAAAUAAUAAUAAUAAUAAUAAUAAUAAAAAUAAUAAUAGUGAUGAUAAUAAUAAUAAUAGUAAUAAUAAUAAUAAUAAUAGUGAGAAUCAAUUAGUUGAACCAGUUCACCCGAUUUAUAAUAUUAAAUUAUCAAAAUGUGAAAAAGGUUUUGAAAUAGAUUUAUUCCUUUUCCAAAAGGAAUUUAAAGAUGCUUCUGUAUCUUUGGGUACUUUAUUUUUUUAUGCUAAAUUCAUAUUAAAAUAA